AUGGUCCAGGCUAAGUCGUGGGUUAUGGUCAAGCACUUUGACGGCUUCCCAAAGAACAGCGACUUCAAACUCCAGGUGGAGGAGCUCCCCGAGCCCAAGGAUGGAGAGGUGCUUCUGGAAGCAGUUUUUCUCAGCGUGGAUCCCUACAUGAGAGUGAUUCAAAGUAAAAACCCAGCGUUUCCUGUGGGAAGCCAUGUUGUGAGUGACUGUGGAUGGAGGUCCCACGCGCUCUCUGAUGGGAAAGGCCUCAUUCCCGUCAUGCCUGAUUGGCCUAAAGACGUCCCGAUGUCGCUGGCUCUGGGAACCGUCGGCAUGCCGGGGCUGACGGCUCUAUAUGGGAUCGAGGAGGUGCUGAGGCUGCAGGAGGGCGAGACCCUGCUGGUGAACGCGGCGGCCGGAGCCGUGGGCGCCGUGGUGGGGCAGAUCGCCAAGAUCAAGGGCUGCAGGGUGGUGGGUUCGGCCGGGUCCGACGCCAAAGUGAAAUACCUGCAGGAGCUGGGCUUCGACCGGGCCUUCAACUACAAAACCGUGGGCUCCCUGGAGGAGGCGCUGAGGAGCGCCGCCCCCGACGGAUACGACUGCUUCUUUGAGAACGUCGGAGGUCAUUUCUCAAGCCUGGCCAUCCAGCAGAUGAAGGACUUUGGGAGGGUUGCUGUUUGUGGAAGUAUCUCCACCUAUAAUGAUGCCAAACAUGAGACAGGACCUUACCCUUUGAUAAAGAUAAACAUGAAGCAGCUUAAGAUUGAAGGUUUCAUGCAAAGCCGAUGGGAGCAUGAGCAUCCAGAAGGCCUCCGGAAACUGAUGGGCUGGUUGAAGCAGGGGAAGCUGAAGUUUCAGGAGCACGUCACAAAGGGCUUUGACAACAUGCCAGCUGCUUUUAUGGGGAUGCUGCAGGGAGAAAACCUGGGCAAGGCCGUCAUUUCAUCGCGCUCAACUUCCGACCAAUCAGGAGCGAGCGUGGAAGCCCCGCUCUGGCCCGCCGGAGUGGUCUCAGCAUCCCGCGGCGGUUUGCGUCUCUUUCGGAGCGUUUUUCCACACAUUCCGCCGUUUUUAUUUGUGGAGGAACUUCACUGCUCUUUGGAUAAAACCAUGGUCCAAGCCAAGUCGUGGAUUCUGGCCAAACACUUUGAGGGAUUCCCAAAAACCAGCGACUUCCGCCUCCAGGUGGAGGACCUCCCGGAGCCCAAAGAUGGAGAGGUGCUUCUGGAAGCGGUUUUUCUCAGCGUGGAUCCCUACAUGAGGCCGUUCAGCAGGGUCCGCAUGAAGGAAGGGGACGUCAUGAUUGGAAGUCAAGUGGCAAAAGUGAUUCAGAGCAGGAACCCGGCCUUUCCUGUGGGGAGCCACGUUGUGAGUCGCUCCGGGUGGAAGACCCACGCGGUCAGCGAUGGGUCGGACCUCGUCCCCGUGGCAACCGACUGGCCUCAGGACGUCUCUCUGUCUCUGGCCCUGGGAACCAUCGGGAUGCCGGGGUCGGAGGGGAAGCUGAAGUGUCGGGAGCACGUCACAAAGGGCUUUGACAACAUGCCAGCUGCUUUCAUGGGGAUGCUUCAGGGAGAAAACCUGGGCAAGGCCGUGGUUGCAGUCUGAAUUCAUACCGGAGGAAAGAACCGCGUAUAUUCUCGCACUUCUGUCCAUUUAGAAUCCCAAUCAACAUGUUGGAGUACAGUCUUUUCAGAGAUCUCAUAAACUUGUUGUCUGUUCUCUUAAAAAAGGAUAAAAUGAAAGCAUCUCUUGGUUCUGCUAUCAUAAUAUGUUCCUUAAAGACUCACGUCCCCUGAAAAGGAUAAGGACUGAAACUGUUCAUAAUGUUUUAUGUAACAUUUUGGUCUCUAACAGGGACGUUUCAAACAUUUACUACAUUAUACAUUUUACUUUAUGAAUCUCCUGUUGGUGCAUUUACAUAUUAAACACUUCACGUGAUGAACCA